AUGAACAUUCUUAGUUGGAAUUGCCGGGGCUUGGGCGGCCCGAGUGCAAUUCCUAAUUUGCGGAAGCUUGCCCGAGAACAUAAGCCGGAUAUUUUAUUCUUGUCUGAAACAUUAUCUCAUGCUAGACACCUUGAACCUAUUCGGGUCACGUUAGGUUACGAUUCUUGUCUGGCUAUUGAUGUGGAGGGGCAGAGUGGAGUUCUGGCGGUGUUCUGGAAGGAUAAUAGUAAAUGUAGCGUCUUAAACUAUUCGAGAAAUUUUAUUAAUAUGUUAGUGGAGGAUGAGCAGAAGGGGGAGUGGAGGUUAACAUGUUAUUAUGGAUACCCGGAGCGUAGUAGACGGAGACAUGCAUGGAAUCUGUUGCGAGAGUUAGUUAAUGUGUCCCCUGCACCCUGGUGUAUAAUUGGUGAUUUUAAUGAUCUACUUUCACAGGAGGAUAAAAAGGGCAUUCACCCACAUCCCAAUUGGUUGUGUAUGGGAUUCAGACAAGCUAUCGCUGACUGUAAUUUAAUCGAUAUUCCUCUUGCAGGACACCCAUUUACUUGGAUCAAAAGUCGAGGUACACCUCAUGUUAUUGAAGAGCGGUUGGAUAGAGCUAUGGCUAGUACGAGUUGGCUGCAUCUCUUUCCUGACGUAAGACUAUCUAACCUCUUGGCCUCACAUUCAGAUCAUAGUCCAAUUCUACUUCAAUGCUCUCCUACUAUAACAGUCCGAUUCAAUGGCUCCUUUCGGUUUGAGAAUAAAUGGUUGAAGGAACCAGAUUUGGAAGAGACGGUGAUUGAUGGUUGGGGUGCGAAUGACAAUGUUGCGAUAGUUGAUCGUGUUGCGCGGUGUGCUAACAAGUUACAAAGGUGGGGCAAAAGGAAAAGAGUGAAGUUUAAACAGGAGAUUUAA